CCCCGGCCUGUCCCAGCACUUGCAGGACGGGGCCGCCGGCACCGAGGGGGAGGGCGGCAGGAAGCAGGACAUCGGGGACAUCCUCCAGCAGAUCAUGACCAUCACCGACCAGAGUUUGGACGAGGCACAGGCCAGAAAACAUGCGUUAAACUGCCACCGAAUGAAGCCCGCCCUGUUUAACGUGCUGUGUGAGAUCAAGGAGAAAACAGUUCUGAGUAUCCGGGGUGCCCAGGAAGAGGAGCCCACAGACCCCCAGCUGAUGCGACUGGACAACAUGCUGCUGGCGGAGGGGGUGGCAGGUCCCGAGAAGGGGGGCGGCUCGGCGGCGGCAGCAGCGGCCGCAGCGGCCUCUGGAGGGGCCGGUUCUGACAACUCGGUGGAGCACUCGGACUACAGAGCCAAGCUGUCGCAAAUCAGACAGAUCUACCACACGGAGCUGGAGAAGUAUGAGCAGGCCUGCAAUGAGUUCACCACCCACGUGAUGAACCUGCUGCGUGAGCAGAGCCGGACCAGGCCCAUCUCCCCGAAGGAGAUCGAGCGGAUGGUGAGCAUCAUCCACCGCAAGUUCAGCUCCAUCCAGAUGCAGCUCAAGCAGAGCACGUGCGAGGCCGUCAUGAUCCUGCGCUCCCGGUUCCUGGACGCGCGGCGGAAGAGACGGAAUUUCAACAAGCAGGCGACGGAAAUCCUGAAUGAAUAUUUCUAUUCCCAUCUCAGCAACCCUUACCCCAGUGAGGAAGCCAAAGAGGAGCUGGCCAAGAAGUGCGGCAUCACCGUGUCCCAGGUAUCAAACUGGUUUGGAAAUAAGCGAAUCCGGUACAAGAAGAACAUAGGUAAAUUUCAAGAGGAAGCCAAUAUUUAUGCUGCCAAAACGGCUGUCACUGCCACCAAUGUGUCAGCCCACGGAAGCCAGGCUAACUCACCCUCAACUCCCAACUCGGCUGGUUCUUCCAGCUCUUUUAACAUGUCAAACUCUGGAGAUUUGUUCAUGAGCGUGCAGUCACUCAAUGGGGAUUCUUACCAAGGGGCCCAGGUUGGAGCCAACGUGCAGUCACAGGUGGAUACCCUUCGCCAUGUUAUCAGCCAGACAGGAGGAUACAGUGAUGGACUGGCGGCCAGUCAGAUGUACAGUCCCCAGGGCAUCAGUGCUAAUGGAGGUUGGCAGGAUGCGACUACCCCCUCAUCAGUGACGUCCCCUACAGAAGGCCCUGGCAGCGUUCACUCCGACACCUCCAACUGACCUCCCUGCACGCGCAUCCCGGCUGACCCUGCGCCCGGCAGGCGGGGCCGGAGGGAGGGUCUCCCACGCUGAAGCGGUCAGACCGGAGGCGCAGCCAUCAGCAGCCACCAUGAGCUCCUCCCUCUCCUCCCGGGAGGCCCUCCGGCCAAUCUGGACACUUCUUUAUACUCUGUCCCUUUUUCUGGGUAGAAGCCAGCCUUCCCUGCCAGCAGCAUCAGCCUGGUGCCCUCCGCCCCUGCCCCUGCCUUCCACUCCCUGGGCCCCUGCCCGCUACAUGUCACUGAAGGAUAUUUUCAACAAUUAGAGGAAUUUAAAGAGGGAGAAAAUGCAAAGAAAACAAUAAAAGCAUUUGUAUGUUUUCACGCUGGUGGUAUGAGGAGCCACGUUACCUCAUCGAGCCCCGUGCCAGGCAGCCCUGUCUCUCGUCACUCACUACCUCUCACAGGAACCACCCCGCUGCCCUGCUCCUCGGCCUCCCCCACCCGCUGCCUCCCAGCCCGGCUUCCCUGGGUCCUGCCAUAGCCGGGCUCCCGAAGGCGCUAUGUCCUGGGUUCGGCUCUGCCAGGUAGAUGCCAGGCAGGAAGUCAGCGACAGGAGAGGGCGCGGCUUCGGAGGCAGCGUCCCAGCUUCUCGUCCUCGGACAGCUCCUGGUUUCAGAGGCGGACUUGGGGGACCAGAUGCUGCAGAGCCAGGUGUGGGUCAGCGUGGUGCCAGGUGCAUCACAGAGUGGGAGGUUCUCUCCUGAACCCUCCCCUCACAUGCACGUGCACACAUACCUGUAGGCACAUGCACAGGCUCUCACAUGCACCACCCCACGAUCAGCCACAUGCCUCAUACAUAUGCCUACAUUAGUAACCAUGCCACCUGCCUUGUGAGCCCAUGAGAGGGACUCUGUGAAGGACACAGACAAGCAGCCUGCAGGGUCCAGGACCGGCGGCCCCAGCACGAACACACACACACGCACACACACACACACACACACCAGAACCACCCAACAGGGCAGGCCAGCUCCCAGGGUCCCUCCCUGCUGGCUCUGCCUGAGCCUCAGGCGCGGGCACGCGUGUGGUAGAGUGCUCUGUUCUGUUUUUGUCUGGGCGCUAGGGACCUGCCAUGAACUGUUCAGUUCUGUGCGCCGUGUCUGGGUCUGGAGGACACGGUGGCGUGAGAGCUCGGCGCGGUACCUGUUCGCUGGCUUGUCUGAGGACCUGUGAGUGGCGGAGGCGGGAGGUCCCGGUCUCAGCGAACUCCUCAGGUGACAGUCACGCUGUGGGCCUGUCCAGGGAGACACGCAGGGAAGCUGUUCUCUGAUGUCGCCUGUCGAGUGGGCGGUGCUCAGCUCUCUCAGGGCCUCCUCCCGGAACUGUGACAUGCGGUCCUGGCCGGGCUUGCGAGACAGGACGCGGGGGCCCUUCUCCCCGAGCUGCAGGGUGAGGGCGGGAGCAGCGUCUCCGAGAGAAACUGGCUGAGGUCAGGCGGCCGCGGCUUUCCUGGUCUAACGUCUGGUCACAUCGGCUCUGUCACCGCGGUGGCAAAGGCGGGUCAUGGCUGGUGCUUGUUUGGUUGCUUUGGUCUGUUUGGCUCCUUAGAAGAGAGAUAACCUCCCACAUGGAAACGUCGGCCCUGGUUCUCUCAGUUUGUGCUUGAGUCUAAUGUUGGCCUUGCCAGUGCUCAGGCCCGGCUGCUGCAGGGCUUCCAGGGCGUGGCCCUGAGGGCGGCUCCGAGUGGUGCACCUAAUGGGCAGAAACCGCUCCCGCACGUGUUGGAGGGCGUGCGUGUUGGACGGGAGAACAGGGAGAUGUUGGGAUCAUGCUGAUGAGGAGCGUGAGGAAGCCACGUCGGGCCGCUGUGUACCCUGAGCCGUCACCGGGUCGGGCUCCACGCAGGGUGCCGAGGGCACCGCGUCUCCAUCCAGCCGAGGAGACCCGUCUCGGGCAGGGACGCGCGGACGCAGGCACAGGGAUACCUCGCGGACGCCUGACCUUGGGUGCAGGGUUCUCCUGGAGCCGCAGGAAAGCCCGGUUUGGGCUGAAGGAUUUCCAUUUCGGGUCAGUGGGAAGAUGGGAGCAGAGCGCGGUGCCCGCCCUGCGGCAGCUGCACCCACACGCAGCCCUCUUUGCACCUUUCCUUUUCUCCCUCCACGGCCACUCUCACAUCCACGUGGCGCCAGGGGGUCUCUCCAGUUAAGUAAACCCUGAGAGCACAGUCAGCCAGCAGGCGGGGUGGACAGAGGGCCUGUGGCGGGCAGCGCCCUGGAGCUCCUGCCCCUCAGGCGCCCCCACCCAUGUGCCCAGGACUUCCCUUCCCAGGGACAGGGCAGCACGCAGCGUCCUGGCCACAGUGUUCCCUGGGGUCUGCCCACCUGUAACUGCUCAUCGCCCCCUUUCCCAUCCCUCGCUCCUGGGUGGGGUGCACCCCGCACACGCUUCUGCCCGGGGGCACCAUCGUGACAUGGUUUUAUUUGGCUGCUGGCUGCCUUUUCUCUCACUUGCCCUCCCCCCUUCCCUUCUGAGUUUUAUUUUUCUGCCCAGAAAAAACCUGACUUCGAUACCAAAAAAAGAUAAAACUACAGAAACUCAAAUUUAAAGAAAACUUUUUAAAAAAAUACUCAACAAUCCUCUCAGCUUUAUUAACAUUUUCCAUUGUUUCUUGCGACUCGUGUCUUGUUCUUUGUAGUACUGAUGACGAACAUUUGAUAAUGAAUGUUCUUGUAUAUUCAGAUAAAGGGAAAAAAACCAAAAAAGCGGUCUGGAUUUAAUAGUGUUUAUAAUAAAAAUUUUACAAAUGACCCUCACAGCACGAAAAGCAGGACGGGGUCGCCUCCGUGCCCACGCCCUCAUCUCCACGUCUGUUUUCACACGGAACGACCCGCAUUGGCCAUGCUCCCCAUUUCUCUUUUAUUUUCUUGCAUUUGUGAAUUAGUUCAAGAAUGCUAGACAAGUGUCGAGUUGUGCACACCCAUUUCCUGUUCCACGAUGUUUGAAAGUGACCGUAAUUCAUUUUGUAAACUAAAAAAAGAAAAAAAGAAAAAAAAAGUUGGGAUAGUGAGCAUCAUAGAGGUACAACCUAACAUGUUAUUAUGUUUCUUAACUUUGAGACCCAGAAAUGAAUUCUUUUUUUCCCCUUUAUUCCUGCUCUUGAAAAUGUAACAAAAAGAAUGAUGUUUUGUUUUGUGUUAUUUUUGGUUUGUUCAUAGGGGUGCUUUUUUUUUAAUUGUCAGGAGUAUGAUCUUGCUGUUUUUUUCCUUACACAUGUACCAAGGCGAUGUGAAAAGAGGGCAGCCAGACAGCGGCUGUUUCUUGCUGCCUCAGUUUUGUCCCAAACUGAGCUGAUGUCGCAGAGAUCAGGCCCCUGUGGACAUCACGUUGCUCACCUGCACCUGGAGUGAGUGCGCACCUGCAGGCGAGGCUGGGCAGCCAGGGUGCCUCCCCCGGCCCAGGGGACUUUUCUUGCAGAGUCCCCGGGCGGUGGGGUGGCACCGGGAUGGGCUGGGGGUCCUGGCUUUGAACAGGGUCCCGGAUGUUAUUCUCACGCAGCCUUUUGGCCGCCGUGCAGCACACGGUGAGACUGGCUGGACUCGGACGCUUUUUUAGUUCCAGGAGAAAAGAAGGCGGUAUUAUCAGGAAGGAACUCUCUUUGAAACUCUGUCAUUUAACAAAUGACUGCGAGUUCCGAAAGCAGCCAGCACCCAGGUGAGGAAAGUGGAGAGUCAGAGCCAGGCAGCAGCACUUCCUGGCAGUUUCUACCGGAACCGCCGUCUGCUGGUUCUGUCACAGCCGAACGGCCGCUGGUUCUGUCACAGCCGAACGGCCGCGCGCUUUUCACAUCGCCUUGAUGGUUCACUCCCUUGUGCAAAGCUUUCUGGAACCUUAUUUUUUGUAACCUUUUUUUUUUGCCUUUUGUUAAAAUAAAUGAAACAUUCAAUGUGUUCCCCCUUUUCUCGCCUCCUCCUUCCCUUCCCUUUGGCGCUUCCAGUUAUUUUGAAGUGUUUCCCUCGGCUGUUGGUUUUAUCUCUGCUUCCUACCCUGCUCUUAUAUCAGAGUGUAACCCUGCGAAGCUCUGCCCUGUUUGGUUUGAAAGUUGAGCUUUUCUGCUUCUGUGAGCACUGGCUUCGUUCCUUUGAUCCGACGGAAGCUCUGUGUUCUCGAUGAUGAUACUAACACGGUGUAGAUUUUACAGUCUCCUAAUUUGUACUGGUAAUGCAUAUUCCAAAUAAAUAGUUUCUUUUGUUGCAAAAAAAAA